CGUUAGACCCAACUUUCAAAAUGGAAUCCAGCUCUAUUUUGAAGAGCAGUCCAGAAGGUGAUCUUUACCCGGUGGAUCUACCUGUGCUACAUUAUAGCGAGCUGAAUACAGGAUGUGAAGAAUACCUGUCGAGGGUUAAAUCGGACGGUGCCAUGCCUUUCACCCUCCCUCAUGGAGAGAAAGUGCAAGUAACUUGUAAAACCAUUGGCCGACUUCCAUUUCUUAGAGAAGACACGUCACGAUUCAUUCUUGCCUUACAUACACCUGAGGAUGAAACCCAAGUGGUUGCCGUGUACUUGCAAGGCAAAUGGUGGCCUAUUGGUGAUGUUUUGAAGACGUCAAACAAAUCCAGACGUGGACUUGUGUUGGUGGAAUCAGUUAUGGAAAGAGUUGUGCUGUUCCUGCUCAGUCAGGUUAUAUUUGGAAUCCUGGAAAGGCCUCUCAAAGACGACCUAUAUUUUUCCACUUAUUCCGUGUGGGAACACGGAAAAAUUAUCUGGCACAAUGGAGAAGCGGUUGGGUUUUAUACCAGCAAAAAAAGGGGAAGCCUGUGUGAUGGUCACACAGGCCAGAGUUAUCAGCUCCCAGUGCUGGACACGGUGUUUGUCCGCUCUCACUCGAGAAGGACUGGUCUCGCUUUACAGAUGCUUGAGGAUUUCUGCUUAUCCCAACCCACCGAGGGUAUUCUGGGAAUUAGCUUUCCUAUGUCUACUGGCAUGUACGGAGUUUGCAAGAAGUAUCUUGAGACGAAUGAGGAAGAAAGAGAUCGUCUGUAUGAGGUGGAAGCCCCUGGUGAAUGGACUCAGAGAAGAAAUGUGUGGUUAAACAUCCAGCUGCAAAAGCUACAACAGGACUGUCAGGACUCAGCAUGUGGAGAUGCAGAGCAGAGUCCACACACCUUCAGUCAUGAAAGAAGGAAACCUGAUUCGGGAGAAGAGGGGACACUGCAACAAUGUGGAUCACUUGUCAACUCUAAAGGUCUGUCAGGCUCUGCAAAAAAGCGACCAGCUGAUCAGAUCGAGACCAAAACAAACAGUAAAAAAGCCAUGACUUGAUGUUAAAUUGCAGCGUAUUUAAUUUAUUGAGAGAUAUCAAACAGAAUUUUGAAAGGGCUGCCCUGAGAAAGUAUAUUACUGUGCAAGAAUCAUGAUUUUAGUACAGUGAAUUAUAUCACAUGCAAAUGAAUAUUUGGCUAUUUUGGAUAUGUUUAUAUAUUAACAAAUUAAAUAAACGUGUAUUUAUUUGUUUGUUUAUUACAAACAGUAAGACUAAAAUAAAAAUAUGAAGGAAAGGAAAUAUACAGUAUAUAUAAACAAAAUGUGACUUGUGCUAACUGUUUGUGCAUGUGUGGGGUAUGUAUGUGUCUUUCAUAUACUAUAGAUUAUAAUACAAUGCAAUAUUUUCUUC